AUGAAGAUAGGCUAUAUUAAGCAAAGUACAAACGACAAGAGUCAAACAAUUAUUAAUCUCACUCCAGAGGAUAAGGAGGAUCUCUUCACUAUAUAUCAGAUCAUCGACCCCGAUGAUGAGGUUAUCAUUAAGAAGAUGUUUACUACAAAGCAGGAGGAUAGUAACAAGAAGACCGUUACAGACUUACACGAAAUCAAACUGAAGGUUCUUUCCUAUGAGUUUGAUAUUAAGGAUGAAUAUUUACGUUACAAAGGUGUCACCAUCCCUGAUGAGACCGGUGUAGCUAACAAAGAUAUAUCUAUUGGGAAGUACCUAAGUUUUAGUAUAACGUACACACAUCCUAUGACCAUAUACAAGCGUAAUUUAAACAAAUAUGCUAAGAGAUUACUUCAGGAUGCAGAAAAUGCUAUGAAUAAAUCUGAAAUUGGUGCUGUGGUAUUACAAGAAGGUAUUGCACACGUAUGUCUAUUGACAUCUUCUUCUACUAUUAUGAAGCAGAAGAUUGCUGUGACUUUACCAAAGAAGAAGAAUGCUGAAGAUGCCACAAAAUUCAAUGACUUAAAUGAAACUUUCUAUAGACAAAUUUAUGAUGCCAUGAGUGCUCAUUUCAAUUAUAACGAAUUGAAGGUGAUCUUAUUAUGUUCACCUGGUUUCUUUGCGGAUGCGCUUCACAAACAUAUUUUAAAAUUUGCAGAACAAGAUCAAAAUGAAGAUAUUAUAAAGAAUCAAGAAUCCUUUCUACUGGCUAAUUGUUCUACUGGUUAUCUACAAGGUAUUGAUGAAGUCUUGAAAAAUCCAAAAUAUGUUGAGAAAUUAGAAGAUGCAAAGUUCGUUAAGGAUGUGAAGUUAUUAGACGAAUUCAUGGAACAUCUGGAUACUGAUGAUAACAUGGCAUGGUAUGGUAGAUAUGAAGUAUUUAAAGCUGCUAAGCUUGAUGCUAUAGAUACAUUAUUGAUAACAGAUUCAAUGUUGAAAUCAAACAACGUUGCUAAGAGAGAAAAAUAUUUAGAUUUAAUUGAUCUAAUCGAAGCUGAUGGUGGUAAAGUGUUUAUAUUUAGUACUUUACAUACAUCAGGUGAAGAAUUGAACCAAUUGACGGGGUUGGCUUGUAUUUUGAAGUACCCAAUCCCAACACUUGAUGAAAGGAAUAAGGAAGAUGGUAUUUCUGACUCUGACUCUGAAGAUAGCUCUGACUCUGAAAAGGAGGAAAUGAUAACUUCAAAGGCAUAA